AGGGGGGCUGCGAGGGAGAGAGAGAGAGAGAGGGCGAGUGAGUGAGCGAGAGAGAGCAACCCAGCUCACAGACUAGCCAUUUCCACAGGCACAGCGAAGUGCGGGGGCAGACAGAGUGUAUGCGUCGGGCUCUGCUGCAGUAUUUCGACAGCCUAAAGGAGGUUCCAGACAGAAUUUUUUUUUUACAGUGUUUUAUAUCUGAUAUAUCCAGAUAGAAGACUUUGCUUUAUCGGCCGAUACUUUUUUGGAACUUCUAAAGCGUAUAAUUCAUUUUGAAGGGACGAUUUUUUUUUUUUAGAUAUGGGCAGUCGGGAGUCUACCGCAGGGGAAGACUCGCCGGUGUCACCGUUCGCCUAGUAGUAGCCAAGUAAACUGAAUUGGAAACUCACUGCGCGGGACUUCGUGGAUGUUUGAUGAAGCGCUUUCCGCAAUUAGCUAAUUCUGGGAGACCUUGGAUUAACAAGGAACCGGGACGUAUCGUGGCUUGCAGUUGUUUUAGUUUGCCCCAGUUGAAAGGAACUCUCGCUUUCCAAGUCGUAGUGAAAACAUGGAGACUGUAACUCGACAAAGCUUCCAACCUCACCCAGGACUGCAACAAACUCUCAAGCAGUUUCAUCUGAGUUCUAUGAGCUCCCUCGGCGGACCGGCGGCGUUUUCUGCUCGAUGGCCACAUGACCUCCUGUUCAAGAAGGAUGGGAAAGAGCCUGAGCCCUUGUUGCAUCUGCCUAUGCAGCCACAGACAGUGAUGCCGGGACCCCUCUUCAUCCCAUCCGACCGGUCCACGGAGAGGUGCGAGACGGUCUUGGAGACAGAGACCAUCUCCUGUUUCGUCGUCGGCGGCGAGAAACGGCUGUGCUUGCCGCAGAUCCUCAACACCGUCCUGCGGGAUUUCUCCCUCCAGCAGAUCAACUCGGUGUGCGACGACCUCCACAUCUAUUGCUCCAGGUGUACGUCGGAUCAGCUGGAGAUCCUCAAAGUAAUGGGGAUUCUCCCCUUCUCCGCGCCGUCCUGCGGACUCAUCACCAAAACAGACGCGGAGCGCCUGUGUAAUGCCCUGAUUUACGGGGGCACCUACCCGCCGCACUGCAAGAAAGAGUUCUCGGGCUCCCUGGAGCUGGAGCUCACGGAGAGGAGCUUCAAAAUAUACCACGAGUGUUUCGGAAAAUGCAAGGGCCUCUUCGUCCCGGAGCUGUACACCAGCCCCAAUGCAGCCUGCAUCCAGUGCCUGGACUGCAGACUUAUGUACCCGACACAUAAAUUCGUGGUGCACAGUCACAAAUCGUUGGAGAACAGGACUUGCCACUGGGGCUUCGACUCCGCCAACUGGAGGGCAUACAUCCUCUUGGGCCAGGAUUACACGGGGAAAGAGGAGAAGGCGCGCCUGGAGCAGCACUUGGACGAGAUAAAAGAGAAAUUUGACUUCGCCAACAAAUAUAAGAGGAAAACGUCGAGGGCGUCCGAUCCCAUCCCAGCCAAGAAGUCUAAACAUGAAGAUUUCCCAUCGCUGCCACUGUCCGCUGAGAAGGAGAAGCAACCCGAUUGGCUACGGUCCCUCUCGGCUUCGGCCAAUAAGGGGCUCAACUGCAUCCAGCCCAGACAGAGGCCCUCCGCCUUCCGACCGUGGUCCCCUAACCUGUCAGCCGGGGACAAAGACACGGCCAGCCGCCCACUCGCUCUGCUUAGGGAGAGCUUCUACAACUUCAAGACCAUGGAAAGUGCCGUGGCUCCAAAUGUGGCCCUCACCCCACUGCCUCCAGCCAAGGCAGGGCCCCUGUCCCCAUCCCUGCCCAGCACCUCCCACCCCAGCGAGGCCCCGGGAGAAGGAGCCAGUCCUGUCUCCAAGACCCGGAAGAGGAGGGCCACCGGAGACCUCCCGCACCCAGGCCCCGAGCCCCCCUGCCCCCCUUCGGCAGCGGCCAGCAAGCCCACACCACAGGAAGACAAGGACUCGGAGGUGGAGAUCGAGGUGGAGAGCCGAGAGGAAUUCGCUUCGUCCCUGUCCUCCCUCUCCUCGCCUUCCUUCACGUCCUCCAGCUCAGCGAAGGACCUGAGCUCGCCCGGCACGCAGGGCCCCGUGUGCACGGUGACGCCGGCAACCCUGGACGUCGGACCCCUGGCCGGGGUAGCGGCGGCAGCCAUGGCGGUGGUGCUGGCCCCCGAGGGCCCCGGCGUCGGCGGCCUGGAGUCCGAGCUGGAGGCCCUGAGGCAGGCGCUGGACAGCGGGCUGGACUCAAGAGAGUCCAAGGAGAAGUUCCUGCACGAGAUCGUCAAGAUGAGGGUGAAGCAGGAGGAGAAGCUGGGUUCAGCUCUGCAGGCCAAACGCAGUCUUCAACAGGAGCUGGAGUUCCUGCGAGUCGCUAAGAAGGAGAAGCUCAGGGAGGCCACAGAGGCCAAGCGGAAUCUUAGAAAGGAGAUUGAGCGCUUGCGCGCCGAGAGCGAGAAGAAGAUGAAGGAGGCAAAUGAGUCGCGCCUGCGUCUAAAGAGGGAGCUGGAGCAGGCCAGACAGCUCCGAGUGUGUGACAAGGGCUGUGAGGCGGGGCGUCUGCGGGCUAAGUACUCAGCACAGAUCGAGGACCUGCAGGUGAAGCUCCAGCAUGCCGAGGCGGAUCGCGAGCAGCUCCGGGCAGACCUGCUGCUGGAGAGGGAGGCCAGGGAACACUUGGAGAAGAUGGUCAAGGAGCUGCAGCAACAGCUCUGGCCCAAGGAGCAGAGCAAGCCUGCCAAGGACACACCUGUCAACAACUAGCCCCUCCUACCACUCGGCUAGCCCCUCCCACCACACAGAUAGCCCCACCCACCACACAGCAAGCCCCUCCUCCUGCCAUCAGCAUAAAAUCAUGCCCCGACCCCCCCCCCCCCUCCCCCUCGUACCAGAGAGACUAAGAGGACAGACAGGAGAGAGAAAAGGCAGAUAUAUUGAUCCAUCCUCACAGACAUUUAAAGAGUGCUUGGAUGCAUCCUUGGUGAGAGAAACAAAGCAAGUCAAACUGGGUAUCUGUACAUGGACCAAGGGAAUGUGUUACUAGGGCAAGCACUGAAUCGUACCUCUCCACCACAAACUGAAAAUCCUUGUAUUUUCUCUGAGACAAAAACUGGUGAACAUUUUGGAUACAGACUUUUCUAGGAUGAAAAACUAAAAGGUAUGAUAAUAAUGCCAGAUAUUAGGAUAGUACAGCUGUCCUGUUUAAGGACUUAAUGGGGGGUGUCAACACAGCAGAGGAGCCAGGCUGGAGGACUGGACCCUUCCCAUGUGUCCCAGUAAGACAUGUUGGAGUAUUCCCUGACUUUAUAAGCUAUUUAAGAGACUGCAUAGUGAUAUGUAAAAAAAAAAAAUUUAAAAAAAAAUUAAGGAAUUAAAAAGUUGUUUCUUUGUGCUAUCGGAGCUUGGAAAAAAGAUUUAUAAAAGAUUUUAACAGUCAACAAGCAGGAUAAACUUCCAUCAAUACCAUCAUGGUCCAUUGGUGUGUGGAGGCUAUUGUGAUUCAUUGAGGAAAAGUAUCAAGUUUGGUCUUUUUUAUUUUUACUAUUCCAGAAAUACAUCAUAAAGUUUACUAUUGAAGGAGUGAGGAGGAUUGCAUUGGACUAGAGGUUCUCUCUCUUCGGAACAGACCCAAUAUAUGUAUUUGGUGAAAAACAAAGUGUUGUGUUCUAGGCACCUUUUAGAAUGAGCACUUCAUUUAGAUACUGAAAAAGAAAAAAUUGAAAAAAUUGCCCGCCAGUGAUGUUCAGACCAACACAGCGAAACUGCACGCAUAGUUGUCGUCUUGGUGUUCACGAGCAUUUGGGUCAAAACCCAAAAGUUUAUCUUAUAAAGAUACGCUUUCUGAUCAAUUUGAGUCUGGCUGCGAUCUGAAGACCAGAUUUGGACACUAGACUUCUGCCGGUUUCCCCUGGAACUGUUAAAACUAGUUUGCCUGUGUUUCUUCCCUUUCUUUUGAUUACUGAGAGUUGGCAUGACUUGAAAAUACCAUUUUGAAUACUUUGAUUUUAGGACUGGAAGUGGCGUCUUUAGCCAGAACCACAUAAUGUUCUUUUUAAUUAAAAGAUGGUAUGUAAUAUAGAUAUGUUGUUGUUUUUUUACUUUACAAUAAUGAAUCGCACUUUGUCAUGACAAAAUACUGUUUUAAUGCAUCUACUCCCAACAUAUUCUUCAGUCUUACAUUGGAGAGAACAUAACCAUGACAACAACCAUAUAAAUCCAAGUGAGCAUUUUGUUAAUUAUAUGCAACUCAUUUAAAUGCAAUGUAAUCAUGUGUUUAAGACAAAAUAUUGUAAAUAAAAUCAGAGAGUAAAACGAGGUCUACACGCUUGCUUGCUGAUCCAGUUUGGGCUGUUGAAAAAUUUAAUUGUAAUUACAUUUCUUGGGGUUUUUGAAUCAAUAGACUCUUAAAAUAGAAAGGCAGUGGGACUUAGAAGUGCAGAAAGACAAGAUAGCUGUGGCACCUAACUCUCCUAACGUUUUGGUAUUUAUUAAAAGGGGAAUGAAUCCUCCCAAGUUUUAAGGUUUACAGCACUGUGCUAGCAGACCAGUCAUGGGGAAAGCAGUGAUUACAAGAGUCUGGGGACAGAUUGAUGACAUAUUUACCAGAAAAAUAUAUAUGAUUAAAUAAAAGAAUACAUUUUAUAACGCUCCGAUUACACAGUGGGUACAAUGCAAUCAGAUUGUACAUCGUGUUUAUGCUAUUUUCUUUUGGUUGUUGAUGUUCUCGUUGUUGUUGUUUUUAAUGUGAGAUAUUUUUAUCUGUUAUUUUUCUUUUUCCAAUAGAAAACUCAUAUCUUUUCCUUCAUAUGCAUGACAUUUGAAAAGGUUUGCCAUACAUAUAGUUGUUAUUGGACAUUGAUACUGUAUAUAGGGGUUUUAUUGUUACGCAAUAUACAGCAAUCUUUUUUAGGAAAAACAAUCAUUUUUAAAGGAAACUAAACCGUGUUUAUUGCCUAGUUUGAGUAAAAACACAACCCGAAGUUCAAACGCGAUGCUGGACAACCUCAAGUGCCUGAAAGUGGGCGGAGGGUUUUCCAGAUCAGGAACGCUGACCACAAAGUAACUGUUUUGUAGCUAAUCCCAGUAAGGAACCUGCUCAGUGUCAACACCGUGGAAUGUCAUUACCGCCCCAGUGCAGGUUUCAUGCCCGUCAUACAGUGCAGACACUGUCAACAGAGGGACAGUUUCUUUUUGCACUCUCGAGGAGAACCUCUAGAACAAUCUCCUCUCCCUGCACUGUCCAUCGCGUCGGGCCUGACUUCAACCUAACUCGAGCAACAAGACGCAGGUCUUUUUUUUCCCUGUAUUCCUAAUCCAGUACAGUUUACGGCAGAAAUAGAUUUACUCUCCUUUUUAAAUAGGAACAAUUCAAAGGCUCGUAGUUGCAACAACCACAAAAACAAGAACAAUGAGGCAUUUUUUAUGAUAUCUUUAAUUCGUUUAGAAAUGCUCAUUCAGAGAUAUGCAUGUCAAAAACAAGUAUAGGUAUCAACCAAGACCAUAUGUACCAGCAUUAUGUGAUGUUAUGCUGAAAGAUUCAUUUUGGUUUGUAGAUAAAGACCACCUACCAAUUUUAUGUGGUUUGUUCUGUCUAUCCAAAGGUGGACAUCUCUGAGCAGUAAAGAGGGCAAUAUGUUAAAGCCCCACGUCUUAACCAACAUUAGAAAGGGCAGUUCUCCAGAGACUGACACUGAGUCCAUGACUUUUGCAGACCUAAAAUUAGUACAUUUUAUAGCUGUUUUUACACUCAAAUGAAUUGAUAUUUGUAGUUUCCUUUAUUCAUGGUUUUUCUACAAAAAAGGGAGAAAAUGACAACAUUGGCUAUUUGCUCCCAAUUAAAAGAAAAAAACGAAUGAUUUAUUAUUUUCUAAACAAGGACCAUUUUGCUAAAUGGAUGACAAUAAAUCAGCAAUAAAAAUACAUGUUAAUAGACACAACUAGCCAGUGUGAAGAUUUAAAAGUAAGAAUUUACAAAUGUAAAUAAUUUUUCAUUCACAAUAUUGUAUUAUAUAUGUACAUGGUGUUUUCUUUUUCAAAAAGAAAUCUUUUCUUACACAAUAGUUGUCUUGUUAUUUUGAGUUUUGUGUUUUAACCAAGAACAUGUUUAAAAAAAACUAUUAUUGCAGUGCGUUAGAGAAAAUUCCCUACAUCAACAUGCUGUUUAUCCCAUCAUUCUGAUCCUUUUUUUUUUACUGUAGAGUCUUUGUAUUGACUUUUUUUCACCAGUUCAUAUAUAUUUUUAACAACAUAUUCAAUAUCAAAUAGUGAACCUAUGGUAAAAAUAGGUUACACGAUCUACCGCCACCUCGCAGAUUAUUUUUCCUCAUCCUCAUGUAUCUUUUUAGCCCUGCGUUGCUGCUAAUACUAUAUAAACUCUCCAAUUCUAGAAAUAUUUUUUCAUGUAAGAGGUAAAUGUAUGCUUUCUUGUUUAUUAAUGAUGCAUAUAUAGUAUGAGAAAAAGCUUGGCUUAUUUAUCUACACCAUCCUUGCCCUUGUCUUUUUAGCGCCUUUCCCACCUUUUCCCCUACAUCAAAAACCCCUUUCUCUCUCACAACACGGACUAUAUUGUAAAGUAAAGGACUUUAUGAGAUUAUGUUUGAAAAUAGCUAUGCUUAUAUACCACAGUGACUGAAUGUACAGUGUAUAGAUACAUUACAAGAAAUAAAGUUGUUUGUCCAGAUUAAA